AAUGGGGAGGGGCUGUUACUAGUCUGUCGACACAAGUCAGUCGAGAGCAGGGAAGCGUCCAUAUGGGCAACGCGCGACGCAGACAGCCGCAACCCGCUGCUGCGCCGCAUCUCACCGCACACAGGUCCAAGUCCAACUCAAAUCACUUGACAAGCUAACUUUUGAAGGUGAAGGAAGGACACACGGACCCACCAACAUGAGGAAUACAUGGUGAACGUUCUGUUGGGAGUAUCAUCACGGGCAGAAGUUGACGAACGAGUCCACAACACAGUCAGAUGAAGGUGUCCCCUUCCGUUACCCCACCUGUGUCCGUGGGCUUACUGGCCCUGGGCUAGCCCUGUUUCUGUGUCCUGCCUGGCCCUUGGCUAGCGUGCCGGAUCCAUGGCCAGAAGAGGAUGCAGUCUCAGGGGAACGACCACAAAUGCUCCCUUCAACUGAUCUUUGGAAUUACUGCUGAAGACUGCCCAAGCAAUCAUCUCCUCCUCCUCCUCCUGCCUGCAGAGAGAGACCGACAGAGAAGGAGAGACAUAGAGACAGACCUAGAGAGAAGAGAGAGAGAGAGAGAGGAGAGAGAGAAAUAUGUUUGCGCAUGCACUUCACCAGUUCCAGCCCCCCCGUGUCAAAACAGCAGACAUGGGUAAAAGCAGCCAGCGCUUCAAGAAGCGCCUCUUCGCCCUCAUGAUGGCCAACGUGCUGGUGUUUGUGCUGGUGGACCUGUCCAUGAAGAUCAGCUCCAGCUGGUACCAGGGGGGCAAGGUCCGGAUACCCUCCGAGAGGUUCUGGCAGAAGCUCAAGAUCAGCGAUGCGUACUGGAACCGCCACCAGCAGCGGCUGGACCACAUGCAUAACCCGCUCUUCGCCACUUCCAUCGCCACGGGCAACCACACCAGCAACGUGGAGAGUGUCACCGAGAUCAUCUCCUGGCUCAACGACACCAUCCCAGAGCACACCUGCGAACCAGACUACACCGUCAGAAACAGGGUGAGGGACUAUGAGCAGCUGCCGCAACGGUUUAAGGAUUUCCUGCUGUACAUGCGGUGCCGCUCGUACCCCAUGAUGAGGAACGAGCCGAAUCUGUGUCGCGAUCCACCGUACCUGCUGCUGGCCGUGAAGACGCUGGUGCCGCACUUUGACCGGCGUCAGGCCAUCCGCGAGACGUGGGGCCGGGCGGGCAUAGUUGCCGGGCGGAAGGUCGUCACGGUGUUCCUCCUCGGCAACGCCACGGCGACAGACCACUUCCCGGACCUUUCCGGGAUGCUGCAGCGCGAGGCGGAGAUGCAUCGCGACAUCCUGCAGUGGGACUUCCGGGACACCUUCUUCAACCUCACCGCCAAGGAGGUGCUGUUCCUGGAGUGGCUGUCGGAUCACUGCGCCGGCGCGCGCUACGUCUUCAAGGGCGACGACGACGUGUUUGUCAACACGCGUCACAUUCUGAACUACUUGGGGCGCCUGUACAACACCCGCAAGUCCCACGACCUCUUCAUCGGCGACGUCAUCACCGGCGCUGGCCCGCACCGCAACCAGAAGCUCAAGUACUACAUCCCCGAGAGCGUGUUCAAGGGAAGCUACCCGCCGUACGCCGGAGGGGGCGGCUAUCUCUACUCGGGAGAGGUCGGACUGCGUCUCCGCAACGUCUCGCAGCACGUCUCGUUGUACCCGAUCGACGACGUGUACACGGGCAUGCUGCUGGAGAGGCUCGGGCUUGCACCGGAGAAGCACCGGGGCUUCCGGACGUUCAACAUCGACGAGAAAUACCGGGACAACGCGUGCGUGUACGACAGCCUCAUGCUGGUGCACAGCAGGACGCCACAGGAAGUGAUUCAGAUCUGGUCGUGGAUACAUAACCCGCGCCUGAACUGUCUAGGCAUGACUACAAUUCCGGCAUAAAAGCCAUUAGAUAAACUUUUAAUUUUAAAAAAUGAACUCAUGGUUGCAUAAGCUUUGCUCAAAUGCACAAGAGAAGCUCAAAUGCUGGAUGUGCUGGAGAUAAUUGAGAUCAGGGUAUGGAUUGAGAACCCGAGCCUCGACUAGCACGGCCAAUGACUACAAUUCUUUUUUUUUUAUGAACUCAAUUGCACAAGAGAAGCUCGAAUGCCGGAUCAGCUGAGGUAAAUUCAGAUCUGGUUAUGGAUACAAGACACUGCGCCUUGACUGUGUGGUCAUGACUUUGAUUCCAAGAUCAGAGCCAUUUACCUUAAAAAAAAACCCCACUUUUAAAGAAACUUAAAAAACUUAAUGGAGAGGCUGCAUAGUGAUCUUUGUCCAAGGGCACAAGAGAGAAGCGCAAAUGCACAACGUGCUGGUGGUAGUUCAGAUCUGGUUGUGGAUACUGGCUUAGUUCGCUGGAUGACAUUUGACCUUUGACCAUGAAAAACAUUCAAAAGAGGCCCGUUAUAGGAUGUUAUUCAGAUGUGGUCAUUGAUACAAGACCUGGGCCUUACCUGCACUGCCGUGACUACUAUUCCAAGAUAACUGCUAUGUAUCAUUUGGAAACAAAAAACUUCCAAUGAACUUAAAUAGUAGCCGAACAAUUGCACAUUGGGCCCCAGGACAAAGUUGUGAUGGGUGGGCCCCAUACGGUCUGCCAAGGUGAUAGUAGGGCCCACAUCACCAAUACGGGAGGGUCCUGUGCCCAGGCCAGGGGCAAAUGCCCCACUUUAUGGCUCAGUCUAUUAACUCGAGGCUUCAUGGGUCGUUCGUCCAUAGCCACGACAGAACCAAAGCACAGAUGUUUCCGGAAGAGCUGGAUUCAGUAAUACAGAUCUGAUGAUGGAUACAGAAUAGAUACGUCCGGGCCUAAACUUGAUGGCCAUGAAUGAGUCAGUGAGUUAGCUGUAUGACCUUUGACCCUUUAUAUGAGGUUAUUCAGACGUGUUCAUUGAUGCAGGAUUACCAGCCUCAACUGUAUGCCUGUGACCAUGUUUGCAGUAAAAGAAUGGCUAGCCGUUAAUAAACUAUCUGGAGAGAAUGCCUGGAGCCUGGACCUUUGGCGGAAGGGUUCCCAUCCCAGAGAAGCAGAAAUGUUUCAAGACAUGCAGGAGGAUAUGGAAUCUGUGGGCUGUAGAUUUGUACGGGAUCCUGAGUUUUAACUAUGUAGCUGUGGCGAUGUUGGCUGCAUGGCUGUAAUCUGACCUUUUUGACCCUUUUUUUAUUAAAGGGGUUUGAAAGCUUUUUUUUAUGAAACACACUGGAUUUGGACCUGGUUCUCGGGCUCAAGGAAGGCCCAGAAGAAUCUCAGGUUUUUGGAUGCCUGUGACUACGCUUGCUGGAAAAGAACUGUUCACUGGUCACUUCACUGUUAGAGAGCUAACGGUGAAAAAUAAGAGUUUAAAAGGUCUCAGAGGAACUCGAUGGGGAGUUUGUGUGGGCCUGUCCAAUGGUCGAUCUUGGAAAGCACCAAGCGUUCUGGACGUUAAACAUCGACAAGAGGUCGGCUACAUAUUGACUGUUUGCUACUGUAUAGCAAGAACAAUGCAACUCUGUGCUCUCUAUGUACAAUUCGCUGUGCACCCUAGCUAGCCUAAGUGAAAUCAGGGCCGCUGACAGCUUUGACUAGGACCAGGGCAAAGAUUUCUGAGAGGGCCCCCCGCACCCAAUACAUAAAAUGCAAUAGGGAACAGGUUCUGGGCCCUCCUUGUCCCUGGGCUGGGAAAACCAACCCUUUUUGUCCAUCCCUGUAGUCUUUCCUGAAUUUUUGGCCCAAGCUUGUUGGAUUGGAUUACUAAUGUGACCUUUUGACCUUUGUUGCUGAAAACACACACACACACACACACACACACACACACAC